AUGGUGACUCAGGAAGUACCAUGCGUAUCUAGACGUCUUGAAGACGCACACUCAUUAGAUGAAUUCAGUACAUCCUAUAAAGAAGUACUUAACAUUAAUAACAUGAAAAAGUCUGAAGUUUCUGGAGUCAUGGCUAAAGCUGACAUCAAACCAAAAUUUAUACAUCACGCCAAAACAUGGUCAGAUGAUGUAGAGAACUUAUACAGAUUUCAGCAAGCUGGAUACAGAGAUGAGGUUGAAUAUAAACAAGUAAAACAAGUUGAUAUGGUAGAGUGUUGGCCAGAAACUGGAUUUGUCAAGAAACUUCAGAGAAGGGAUAAUACAUUCUUUUAUUACAAUAAACAAAGAGAAUGCGAAGACAAAGAAGUCCAUAAAGUGAAAAUUUAUGUGUAUUAGUUUUAUUAUUCUAAUUUGUUUGU